CUGAUCCAAAGCUGUCGUCCAAAAAACCCCUGCAAAAUGCCAUUCACGGUUCCAGUUGAAUAUGUCCCUGCAAGAUAUCGAUGCUGCAGCUGUUUCCAUGUUAGGACGGGCACUUUCCUCCUGGCUGUGCUACAAAUCGUCAUUCAUUUUGUAGUAAUCACUAUUCUCACCGCUGCUCUUGGUCGUGCCGCACAUUUCAGGGAAGAUGUCGAAUAUGUAGCGCUGAGCAUCAGUGUGAUGUCUUUCAUACAAUGGGAGCGUUUCGUUGGCACUCCGGAACGUCUGGGUGUUGUACCGAAAGAAUCCAUCCUUCCGGACAGAACUCAACAUUUACCUCUGGAAAAUCGCGGGACCGAAGCCAUGCCUUCCGCAACCAAACGCCCUUACGUCCGCACCGGAAAGUUCUUCAUUAACGCUGGCGAGGAGUAUGUCGCCAUUGCGGUGACACUUCUUUCUCUGUUGUUCAGCAUAAUGAUGUUGGUUGGAACAAUCUAUGCCAAACCUUACUACUUGCUUCCGUACUGUUGUGUGCAACUGGUCCUUAGUCUGGUCGUCAUACUUGCCGGGAUUCUGCUGCUUGCAGUGAAGGCUUAUAUGCUGGCAAUGGUUUGGCUGUGCUACAAAUUUCUGCUACGCUUCACGACUGGACGUGAACCGGUGUCUGGAUUUUCCUUGGCCGCUGGAUCUUGUUGUUUGCCUUUGUCACUCUGCGAGCGUAUGGGUUGCGUACAAUACACCUCAGCGGAGUCGUGUACGCUAACGCCUUCAGUGUUUGCCCGGGAUGGCCGAAUUCCCUCUGUAAACGUGAGCCAAUCUCAAACUAGUACAGGAAGAAUCAUAGUUUUGUUCCGUGGAUCCCGUGGACUGGCGAGUUCACCCGCUAGAAUUGGACCAGCGGAGCUCUGUCUCCCUCCGAAGUACGAGGACGUAUUGGCAAUGCCUAGAGACGCCUUUGAGCCACCUCCUUACGAAUCAUUAUCCGGAGAGCACGUGAUUGGUGACAUACAGGAUCAGGAAACUCAACCACAGUCACCGAAUACAACCAGUGAGCGAGAAGGGGAUCCAUGUUCACAACCUACAUUGCCAACGCAACCCCAAACAAUGCCACCUGACGACACAACACUUCAACCAGAUUUCAGGCGCACACCAUAGUCGCCAUCCCACUGGCCUUUGUUACACUUCCAAGGAGGAGCAUCUAUUUGAAUCUAGUCUCCUACUCACCUUUUGUUUUUUGACUUAUUUUAAAGAUUUCCCUAAGAAUACAAACCAUUUGCAAUGAAGG